AUGAAAGUAGAAAUAACAACAAGCCACACACGAGUAAGCCUUGUUGCAGUGAUGGCUUGCAUCGUGUGUACGAUGAUGAUGAUGAUCGGAGGAGGAGGAAGUUUGUGGAUGGUUCAGGCUGAAAAAUCAACGUGUGCUCUCAAUGCUCAAUAUCCAACCAGUUAUACCCAUUGUGCUGGUAUUACUUGUGGGGCAACAUCGGCCAUGGUGUUUGCUACACCCGGUGAAGAUGUAGAUACAAGAAUAACAACCAGAUCUGUUUUAUCAUCAAGUACUUCUACAACUGGAUCUUACAUCACUUCAAACACUCGAUCAGUCGUGGAGCAAACUCAAGCCACUGAUCUUGCAUCGGGUGUAUUGCCUCUCUCUGUGGGUUGUCCAUGCGAUCCGGUGAGAGAUGUUGGAGCUCGUUUCACUCAAUGUGAUAAUAGUACUAAUACAAAGGCUGCUUUCUUCUUUUUCAAGCCUCCUGCCGUGUGUACGGGAUAUAAUUUGCCUGCACCAGUCACUGGUAUUCCUUGUGAUAUGAUUUGUGAGGAAGGAACUCGUUUGGAAAUGUCGAGUAAGACUUGUCUUCAUUGUGAUCCGGGUUCCUAUGCUCAUUCUGGAGAGUUGAGUUUGAAUACUUGGAUUGCUACUGGAACAGAUGCCAAUGUGGAAAAACCAAUUCUUCCUCCACAAAUGAGGACUUAUUGUACAAACUUUGCUUGGGCACCAACAUGUUCUCCUUGGCAACCACGUGGUGAUUAUAUUGACAGUGGUGACAACAGAAACAAACCAUUCUCAAAGAACUACCUUGAAUAUUCUGCUGAAAUUUCUCAAACAGCUGUCAAUAAGGGACUUGCUAGCAUUUCAUUUGAAUAUCAAGUGGAUGCCGAACAAUACUAUGACUUUUUAUACUUUUAUAUGGAUGGUAGCUCUGAUUAUUUGGUUAAGGCUGAUCGACAACUCUCUUGGAAAAAAGUCAGCUUCCCAAUUACCAAAGCAGGAUUCCACACAUUCCAAUGGUUAUACAGCAAAGACUCUUCCAAAGAUGAAGGUGAAGAUCGUGCCAAGAUCAGAAAUAUUUCAAUUAUGGGAGCAGUUGACAAGGAAGUUGUCACUCGAUGCGAAAAUUGUACCAAAGGAACUUAUUCUAAUGGUACUCAUCCAUGCUUACCAUGUCCACCUGGUACUUAUCAAAACGAAGAAGGAAUGUCCUCAUGUAAGGCAUGUCCUCCUGGACAUACUUCCUUCUCUGGUGCCACAGAAUGUUUCAUGGCUAAUGUACCUUGUACAAAGAAUGAUUACUCGUUCAGAUAUGGAUCUAUCUGUGAAAAUAACAGAAGAACCAUUGACUAUUUCUGGAUUUUACCAAAAGUUUGUAACGAGUCAAGAAAUGACAGUGAACAAUUACCACCAUCUUCUACUGCAUUAUGCAGCGAAACCAUCAAGUGUGGCCUUGGUAUGAAAAAGACAAUUGUUGGAAACUCUCAAACUUGUACUUAUUGUGAACCUGGAUUUUUCAAUGAUCAUGACAAUCGUAACAAUAAUGAUACCGACAUUCAUGCAAGAUCUAUCCAUCAUGCUGAAACGGAAUGUGAACCUUGCAAGAGCAAUGAGGCUUCUCGUUUCAAAAUUCUUCACCUUUAUGAUGUAAUUGGUGAUGUGAGCACUUCAUAUACUUCAUCUUGUGUUGGUGAAUGCUUGACUAAUGUGGGAUGGAGAGAUUUGGGAUCUGCUGGCUUAGAUUCUGGUGUUGGAAAUGGAAAAUCAGUCACUCGUUUAUCAUUUACUAAUUUACCAAAAGUAACAUUGGAAGAGGACAUUACUCCAUCAUUCAGUGUCAGAUUGUUCCUUUCGUGUCCUAUCAACAGUGGAAGUAGAGUUGACUUUUUAGUUGAUGGAGUCGCCAGAAAGUCUGUUCAAUGUAGUGGAUGUAAAAAAUUCGAAGAGGAUGAAUACGAAGUAGAAGAAGAUUGGCAAACAGUUGACAUUCCACUUACAAUGACCGAACGUAAGAAGGAUCAACUGUUGUUCGAUAUCAACUUUGUAACUUUGGACGCUCCUACAUCAUUGAACGAAUCUUUCACUUGUAAUCGUGCUGUUGUAUCCAAGGUAUCACUCAGUGGUGUUUCAGGUAACGUUGGUGGUGCCGUUCUCUGCAAUACUUGUGCAGGAGGUCAAUAUCCAAAAUUGGACAAGUGUGAAUCUUGCUCUGCUGGUUACUACUCUGCUCCAGCAAGUGCUAACUGUUCAAUCUGUGACGCCAAUCAGUUCAGUUAUGCCUCAAGUGAUAAGUGUUAUAACUGUGGUAAGGGACAAACCAGUUCAAAGGGCAGUUCAACUUGUUCAUGGACGAACAAUGAAGUUUGUGUGUCAACCAACAAAUUAGACUCAACUUCACAACGCUUUGAAUUCCAAAAGUUAGGUGCACUUUUAGGUAACACUCGUUUCUUCACCACUUCCAUCAUGGACGCCUUUUUCUAUUUUGAUGUGUGCAAGGCCAACAAUGCAAGUCAAGUGGGUCCACGUAGCUCCAUGACCAUUGGUGGUGGUCGACCAAUGUUGACCAUGUUUGAUUUUGAUCAAGCCACUCAAUUAUUUGCCAUGAUGAACUCGUUCUCAGAGCAAUAUGCCAUGGCUGACAAUUGCCCACCAGGAUCCUACGCAUGUGUGAAAUAUAGAAACGGUCAAGUGGUUGAUUUUGGUAACUCCAUUUCAAUGGAAACUAUUUAUGAUACUUCACCAAACGUGAAUAAUGUGGGAAUUUCUAUCACUGUGCAAAACUAUCAAAAUGUUUGUUUCAACAAUGUUACAAAGAAAGACGGACCUGCAAAGAUUACCAUUGUUGCCAUGUGUACUGUGGAUAGUUCCACUGAGUCUUCACUUGCUGAUAAUCCUCGUUUGAGAGCAGUGGACGACACUGGCUGCAAUUUCCGUUUGGAUACUCUCUCAAUUUAUGGAUGCCCAUUGUGUGCUGAGAGUGAUUUCACACGACUAGAAGGAGAAUGCAAUAAGGACACCAAGACUAGACCCAUCCGAUUUACAAGAAAGGAAGGUUUGCAACACAAGUGUGCCAGAGGUCCAAAUGAUCUCACAAAUGAUGUGAAAACAGAGACAUGCGAACCAUUGUCCAUCGAAACACCAUAUUGGAUUAUUGGAACUGUGUUGGGAGUUUGCUUGGUUAUCCUUGUGGGUAUCUCUAUUGUUGCUGUAUUCUUGUUCUUCAAGUAUAGAAGUAUUUCGAAGAAGUAUGAUCAAUUAAGAGAUGAAGAGACAACCACGAAUCAACAGUUGUAA